CAAAACAUCAAAAGUUUCUGGUUUUCGUUUUUCGUUCUGUGAACCAGUUCAAAGCCUUGCCGCUAGCACUACUCAACAGUGCUUGAGGUAUAGUCAGUGUUCUAAAAAACCCUGAGAGGGUCCAGUGUGAUUCUGCAGUUUGUGUGUCUACGCAGUGUGUGUCUACGCAGUGUGUGUUAGUGUGUCUAUAUACAGUGUGUCUGCAGUGUGUGUGUCUCAGUGUGUCUAUAUAGUGUGUGCUAGUGUGUGUCUGUGGUGUGUGUGAGUGUGUGAGCUGAGGUGUGUUGAGUCACGGGACUGUCCGCUCUGUCAUAAAGUCGUAAACUCCAGUGGAAAUGAACACUUCCCCAAUCAGAGACAGCAUUCAGCGUUCAGAACAACACACCCUCGCUCAGCUCACACACUUGCUGCUCCUAUCACACACUGUACACACACACACACACACACACACACACACACACACAACAGCCUUCUCACACACUCGUUUGUCAGACUCAGGUGCUCUAUGGGGGAGAAGGAGUUCAUCAGCGUUUGGGUUCGGGACCCUCGCAUCUGCAAAGAGGACUUCUGGCACGCUUACAUGGACUAUGAGAUCUGUAUACACACCAACAGCUUGGCGUUUAACAGGAAGAGCUCGUGUGUGAGGAGGAGAUUUAGCGAGUUUGUUUGGCUCAGACAGAAACUCCAGGAGAACACACUACUGCUUGUAAAUCUUCCUCAGUUACCUCCAAAGAACCCCUUUUUCAGUUUGAAUAACGGACAGCAGAUAAACACACGCAUGAAGGGCCUGCAGCAGUUCCUACAGACGGUGGUGCUGAAUCCCCUGCUGCUGUCGGACAGCUGUCUGCACCUCUUCCUCCAAUCACAGCUCAGCGUGCCGCACAUGGAGGCGUGUGCGGAGGGAAGGGGCGGAGUCACCGUGACACAGGCUAUUCACAGCUCCGCCCUCUCCAGGCUGCGCUUUGGGCCCGAGCAAGAGGAGGACCUGAGAGAAGACCACCAAGAGCAAGAAGAGGACCUGAGAGAAGACCACCAAGAGCAAGAAGAGGACCUGAAAGAAGACCACCUGGUGAUAGGACGAUCUGAGAGAGAACCAGCGGGAGUGCGUGCAUCAGAUGUGGAGUAACCAAGGGGCCUGUGGAGCCAACACACACUCUUCCUCUCUCUCUCUCACUCCCUCUCUCCCUCUCUCUCUCUCUCUCUCCCUCUCUCUUUUUCUCUCUCUCACUCCCUCUCUCCCUCUCUCUAUCUCACUCCCUCUCUCUCUUUCUCUCUCCCUUCCUCUCUUUGUCAAGAGGCAAAACAGCAGCUGACACUAGCCAACACACACACACACACACAAACACACACACACACACACACACCUCAGACACAGCCUGAUGUAAAUCUCAGUGAGUUGUUACAGUAUAAGAAUAUAGUGAGUGCCUUAACCGACUAACGCAGAGCCAAUAACUCUGCUUAUGCACUAUGAUGUGUGCUUAUGGGGGGCUUUUUCCAUAAGUAAUCUCACUCCAUAUUUCCAACAAUUAUGACAACUGCACCACACACACACCUGAUAAUGAUCCUGAAAGCCUUGUUCACCUCUUACAUGUAAUGUGAUGUCUGUAAAACCCAAUGGAUUCUGCUUUAGAGUGAUGCCCGUUCUUUAUUAUUGGUAUCCCCCAGCUUCAUAUUUUUAUUAUCACAUAAGAGAGCUACUAUCAACUGGGAAUACACUGUGACAUAUUGUAUUCACACACACACACACACACUUUAACUUUACUGUGAGACAUCAGAGACAAGGAACAAGAGAGAAACACACACACACACUCGCACACACACACUAAAGGAGGUUUAAAGGAGGUUUAGUUCUGCAGAUUUACUCUCUCUCUCUUUCACUCUCUCUCUCUCUCUUUCACACACACACACACACACACACACACACACACACACACACACACACACCCACUACGACGAGAGGUUUAUUAGUGCAGAUUUACUCCCUCACACACACACACACUAAAUCUGUACUAACGAGCAGUGUAGUCUUUAUGUCAGAUUAGACUCACCAACAGCCCUCUCUACACACAGAAACACACACACACAUGCAAAUGCUAUUGUUUAUCUUGCACUUAAAGUGUUACACACCCCUGGCCAGACACAAAAGAAGCCUCCGUCAAACUGGAUGUGAUAUCAUAUGUGACCAGCAGGGGCACUGCUGGGGGAGUGUACCUGCUGACUGUGUGUGCGUGUGUGUGUGUGUGCAGACAUAUGUGCAUUUCUGUGGUUUUAGUUUUUCACUAGGGGUGUCACGAUUCUCCAUUCUUUAAUUUUACCCAAUUCUGUUUCGGGAGGUUUUUAGUUUGAUACCUUUUUAUUUUGAACCCUUUUUCCUACUGCGAGCUAGCCUGACGUUGUCAUACUCAAGUUCUAGUCAAAAUAUGAACUUCCCGACCUCAAAUGUUGUGGGCGGGACAAAGUUCGGCUGGCACCCAGGCUAACUGCGAGCUAAUAGCCUAAACAGAAUAGACAUCAAACAUACGUAAUACGAACGUAAAACGAACAUAGUGAAAUGAAAUGAAACAACACAGAAUGAUAAUUUGAUUGAUCCAAAGAAACACAAGGUUAGUGUUCAUGGAAUAUUGCACUUAUCAAUGUGCAUUUUAUGCCUUAAAGUAAUUUUGGACUGGAACUAGAUCUUCUUUUCAUUUGCUAAAUUAGUGUUAACUGACGUGAAUGAAUGACAAAAUACUUCCAUACUGGUGAUGUCAGAGAAGCAGGAGGGGCAUCGAUUUCGGUCGGUUGAUUAGAGGAAGUUAGAGGAUUGUUGACGCACUGCAGUUUAAUACGUGUGUGUGUGUGUUUGUGUGUGUGUGUGUGUGUGUUUUGCCUCUUGGCAAGCAUGCUGGAUGUGACAUUGGGGGUGUGGCUACAUCAUCGAUUCUACCUUUGAGUUCGAAGUUCAAGAAGUUCGACUUACAGUUUUUUCGGAAUGCUUACAGUUUUUUUUGAAUGCUUAAACACAACUGUGAUUCUUAAAGCACAAUUUCUAAAACUAUUAAUACUUAUA